CAGCUGAAUAACAAUAAUCGAUUGACUUUGCAAAUUCUACCACCUAGCUUCGUUUUGUUAAUUUGGAAUUUGGUUAAAACGCGACUGAAAAGAUGGCUGGCGUGCUUUGCAAGGUUGAGGAUGUUCAGCCCGAGGAUAACAAGGAUGUGAUUGUGAUACCGGACAGGGAGGAUGAUGACAUAUGUGAGCUGGAGCACCUGCGUAAGCUCUUCAUCGGCGGCCUGGCACCCUACACCUCCGAGGAGGGCCUGAAGCAGUUCUACGGCCAGUGGGGUAAGGUGGUCGAUGUCGUCGUGAUGCGCGACGCGGCCACCAAAAGGUCACGCGGCUUCGGCUUCAUUACGUACACAAAGUCCAUCAUGGUGGACAGGGCCCAGGAGAACCGGCCGCACGUCAUCGACGGCAAAACUGUGGAGGCCAAGCGGGCUCUGCCACGUCCUGAACGCGAAACCCGGGAGACCAACAUAUCCGUCAAGAAGCUAUUCGUCGGCGGCCUAAAAGACAACCACGAUGAGGAUUGCCUGCGGGAGUACUUUGUCCAGUUCGGACGCGUUGUCUCCGUUAAAUUACUCACUGACAAAACCACAGGCAAGCGUCGAGGCUUUGCCUUCAUCGAGUUUGACGACUAUGAUGCCGUCGACAAGGCCAUCCUUCAAAAGCAGCAUUCGAUUAAGUACGUGCACGUAGACGUGAAGAAGUCGAUCUACAACCUAGAAAAGAAGGACAAACAGCAGCCGGGAGCCAUGGCGAACGGCAGCAAGCCGCCGCUCAAUCAGCAGCAACAACAACAGCAGCUGCAACAGCCUCCACCACCACAGCAGCAGCAGCCGCAUAACGGCAACAUGCCGGUGCCUGGCUACCGUCCACCUGUGCCACCGCCACAGGUGAUGCCUCCUUACCACCAGCAACCACCCCCACCCCCGAUGAACGCCCCACCACCAAACUACAACUACUGGGGACCUCCGCCGCCACCUAUGCAGUCCUACUACCAACAGCCUCCUCCGCCGCAAAUGAACGGCUGGGGUCCCUAUCCGCCUGUUCAAAAUGGCUGGAACGCUCCCCCUCCUCCGCCACCCGGUGCCCAGCAAUGGCAUCCAGGCCAAUGGGGCUGUCCACCACCGGUGCAGCAACAGGUACCUCCGGUUGGGGCAGUGCCCCCGCCCAUGGGUCAUAAUGGUCCGCCACCUUCGGCUCCUGGUAACUGGAACAUGCCGCCCAAUGCACCGCCACCAGUACCUGGGGCACCACCACCGCAGGGUCCGCCACCCCACCAACAGCCCCCACCCCCGCCAAACUUCGGCAGCGGCUACCAGCAAAACUACGGAGGCGGACCGACAAAGCACAAUAGCAUGAAUGCGAACCGCAUGAAUCCCUACGCGGCAGCGCCGCCCAACAACUACCAUAAUCCCCAACCGCCAGCAUAUCCCCCAUACAAUGCUGGUGCCCCGCCGCCCAACGGAAACGUUCCGCCACCCACUGGCGCCAAGGCGGUGGGCGUUUCCAACGGCUCGGUGGCCACCGGAGGCAGUGCCAACAGCAAGUAUCGCCGCUAGAAGGGGUGAGUAGAUGGUGCAAUCGCAACCCGUCCCCGCCAUUAGUCGUUCGUUUUAAAUGUGGCCUAUGCAUAAGAGUUGCCCCCAAAUACGUCUUGCCACCCAUAUACUGUGUACUACCUACUACCCGCCACAGAUGCACUACGUCUCAAUUACCGAAGUUCAUGUAUGAUUACUAAUGUGUAACAUUUUCUUUGAUUUAGAUGCUCUUUGGGCGGCUAAAGCCCAAGAAUCAAGAUACUGUUAAAUAGGCUCGUUGAUAAGCUAGGCCACAAUCGCUUAGAGUUACUAACAGGAAACUUAACGCAUUGUCUCUCUAUCAUAGGACAACUAACUACGGUUUUACUCUACUCUUAAGCUAUACCAUUGAUAACUCUACGAUCGAUCUAAGCUAUGCCACAGACUAUGUAUAAAUAUUUUCUACACCGUAUUUGGGAGGAGCAAGCUCUUCUCCCGCUUCGAUUUACUUUAGACAUAUUUUUGUAACCCCCGGGAAAUCGUAAAAAAUACCCAAAUACGAUACAGCAAGAAGCUCUCUACUCGAAUCCAACUUUCUAUCUCUCUAUCUGUAAAACGAAGCGAGCGACCGUGCGACGCGCGUCGGUUUGAAUCGAAGGUGGAAGGACAAUUGCAAGCAAUAAAUCAAUUAAUAAUUAGAUACAAAUUACGCAACUGUAGCCUGAGCUUAUUGGCCCAAAACGAAUAGCUUAAUCGUAGAUACCUAUGUAUUACUAAACCAUUCAAAUAAGAUAUACGUCCAAAAACAAGAAAAACGCAAAAUGCGAAUUAAUAUGAAACCGAAGCUUAAUCGGAUCAGAAAUCAAAUCAAACGCCGAGCUGGCGGGCGUGGCACGGGUGCGUGGCCUUAACUAUCGAUGUACACAAGAGUUGAUAUCAAAACUAUUGUCAAUUUUUAUAAGGAGCGAAACGGAUACUUAUAUACUGUAACGAUGUUAAAGGUUUCUCUUUCUGGCCUCCCACGAUGUCUUUUUUUUUGUUUUGCUUUCCCCACAUAUGACAAACUUGAGAAAGUGUAAAUAUGCUGCUAAAGAAUGCUAAGAAACUCUAUGUAUUUGUUUUCGAGCCAUGACACGAACUCUAAGUUAAGUUUAUACCUUCAGAUUAUCUAGAUGUACGACUCAUUCUACUCUCUCUCCUAAAUAUAAGCGGUAGCGCACGCCAAAGGCUUUGAAUUGAUCUAUGAAUUAAAUGCAAUGAAUUAUGUAUUGAAAUAAGGGGAGGCUCUGUCCACCAUUUGCCAGUUUCAUUUAGAGCUCCUCUGCUACAUUUACGAGAUACAACACUAAUCACUUAACCGAACUAUAUGAAAAUACAUAUUUAUUUUAAAUAAAUAAAAUAUAAAAACAA